GCCGCCAGCCAGGGGAGUGGUGGCCACAGCAGCGAGUGACAGCCAGUCCACAUGGCUGGGAACAGCGGGAUGGCCGGGAAGGUGGCACUGCUCCUCUGGGCCCAGACCCUCAGCCUCGCUGGUGCCCAGACCACCCAGCUCCUCGUGGAGCCCCCCUGGAGGCCGGCGGUGCUGUGGGACCGGGUGACACUGACCUGCCAGGGCUCGGGGACCGUUGGUUCCACCACCUGGUACAAGGAUGGGAGGGCCUGGGGGCUGCAGGGUCGAGACCAUGUCACUGUCACCAAGAGUGGCAUCUACGAGUGUGACAGACCCGGCAGUGGGCGCAGCCACUCUGUAAGCGUCUUAAAUGAAUAACUGGUGCUGUAGGUGCCAGCAUGGGCGCUGCUGGAGGGGGACAGAGUGACACUGUGCUGCCAGGGCCGCCAGGACAACCCGGUCACCAGGGUGCAAUUUUACCAUAACAAGAAGGAUCUCAGGGCGACCCUCAGGGGGACCGAGCUGUCCAUGUCCCCUUUGCAGCUACACCACAGUGGGCGCUACAGCUGCGGGGGCUUGGUGGGGUCCUUUAUGUCAUGGUCACCAGCGGUGACAGUGACAGUGCACGGGGUCCCGCUUUCGGGGGUGUCCCUGUCAGUGAAGCCCCCCGGGGGACAGGUGGCACUUGGGGACAGCCUGGUGCUGAGAUGCACGGUGGCCACGGGGACAGGUCCCCUGUCCUUCUCCUGGCACCGGGAGGGCUCGGGGGCACCGCUGGGCACCGGCCCCCGCCUGGAGCUGCGACACCUUGGGGACAAUGACAGCGGCCAGUACCGGUGCCGGGUCAGCGACGGGGAGAGCGUGGCCGAGAGUGACCCCCUGAAUGUCACCGUCCUGGUGCCCGUGGCCAAUGCCACCAUCACCCCCGGUCCCCUGUCACACCAGGUGCGUGCCGGUGACAAUGUCACCCUGUGCUGCUCGGUGCAGGUGGGCUCAGCCCCUGUCACCUUCACCUGGCUGCACAACGGGCAGGAGGUGGCCCGGGGUCCCCUCCUGGAGCUCGGGGACAUCGAUGUGGGACAUUCAGGCGUCUACCAGUGCAUGGCCACCAACCAGCUGGGACAGGACAGGCACCGCGUGUUCCGGGAACUCAGCCCUGAGCUAGCCCUGGAGGUGACACCUGGCUCACCCUGGGUCACAGUGGCCACAGCGGUCAGUGGGACCCUUUUAUUCCUGCUCCUGCUCGUGGGUACCAUUGUGGCCUGGCACCGGUGGCACUGCCUGGCUCCCAGGAAGCAGAAGGAAAGGGCCCCCUCAGAUCCCCUGGCCACCCCAGAGGAGGGGGAGGUGCUGUACACCCACGUCGUGAAAACCAAGAGGGCAGGUGCGUCCCCCUGUGCCACCACCCUCCACGAUCCCCAGGUGACCUACGCGGAGCUGCGGGGAACCCAGGGGCAACCACGGGAACCCGGUGACAUCUACAGGAAUGUGCUGUGACACUGGGGGGAACUGGGCGGCACUGGGGGCCCCUAUCCACGGGCACCCACUCGUGUGUGUGCUGCCACUAAAACUGCCCCUAUCCCUUCCCAUUGGGGCACAAGGAUCCCAAAGGGCUGAGAGAAGAACAAUUUCCUCAAAGAGCAACAAGAGAGAAUAAAACCAAUAG